CAAUUACGAUGGUGUUAUGACCAAGCGAAGAGGGGGACGUUCGCUUGAUGAUUUCCUGAGUAACGGGGCGAGCUUCAAUAAGAAAUACGGCAAGUCGGUCAACGCUAAGGACACUCUAGAAGACAAGAAAGAUGACACCGAGCUGUGGGAGGCGCAGGCUGCCUUCCUCGGUCCCAACCUCUGGGACAAAUCUCUGCCCUACGACCCCGAUCUCAAGGUACAACAAUACGUGGACCUAGACGAGUUCCUGUCGGAGAAUGGCAUGCCCGGCGAUGGGCUGGGCGGUGGCCACCUCGGCAACUCCACGUUCGGGCCGGGCACGGGCCUCACGCUGGGCCUGCAGGCGCCCGUCACCAAACGCGAGCGCUCGCCCUCGCCCUCCGACUGCAUGAGCCCGGACACCAUCAACCCGCCGCUUUCUCCCGCCGAUUCAAGGUCGUGUGGAAGCUCAGUACAUAGGGUCCCGGUGCGUUCCGCCGCAGAUCCCGGGACCCUUGCAGUCGCACUUGAGGAUAGCCACAGAGGGGGCUUUACAUUCUCUAUGGCAUCGUCCGGCCGUGACUUCGAUCCACGAACGCGAGCCUUCUCCGACGAGGAGCUAAAGCCGCAGCCGAUGAUCAAGAAGUCCCGGAAACAGGUAAAUGAUUUCGUGCCCGAUGACCUGAAAGAUGACAAGUACUGGGCCCGCCGGCGAAAGAACAACAUGGCCGCCAAGCGUUCUCGCGACGCGCGCCGCAUGAAAGAGAACCAGAUCGCUCUGCGCGCCGGCUAUCUUGAGAAGGAGAACAUGGGGCUACGGCAAGAAGUGGAACUGCUGAAGAAGGAGAACCAUAUCCUCCGCGAGAAGCUGUCCAAGUACGCGGACGUAUAAGCCCGCAACCCACCACCCCAUAUAGCACAAACACGCCACACGAUCAGUCGCGGGCGACGCCGCUGCCGGCUACGGGCACAUCAGCAACAUCUGUGUCAAGCUUUUUAAUUAUUUGGUUUAAAUGUAUUUUAUUAACAUGUAACCGUUAGAUUUAUGAGAUUUAUGGACUUCAUAACAGUGACUUUGGUGCAUCUCUUACUCCCUUUCCUUAAGAUUCCACAGCCACAAGUCUUGGUGAUCCCUGUCUUCUAUCUCCCCCGUACGUCCGCUCUGUCGGUUCUACUCGGGGCCACCUCGCUAAUGACAACCUCAAUGUUUUAUAUUUUUGUUGCAAACUAUAUUAUGCAUGUGAUCGUUGUUCUUUACAUAGUAUAGGAUUCUUGUUAAAAUUAAUGUUAUAUACGUAACCGUUAGGAGAUUGUAAUCGGUGAAGUGGCUCUAUUUAACAUUACACCGCUACCAUCAUAGUAAUAAUCGAUAUUGCAGUUACCGUAAGUUUUAUUUAUUAGAGUAAUAAGUGAAUCUUAACCAAAGUUCCGCUUCCAAGUCUGUUCUGUCGUCGUCUCUAAUUCCUUCCUCGGGCUCGGUUCUAUACCUCUACAGGGUUAGUCAACGACGUACGGACCAACAAGUUGGAUUGAGAAUCGUUGAUUUGGAAAGGGUGUUCGUAGUGUCCCCGUCCCGAGGGCGCGUCGCGCCGUGCCCCGACACGCGCGUUCGU